AGAAGAGGUGAUCGAAGAAGAUGAUAUCUCGCCGGAAAGGCUACCGGAAUCUUAACAGUUCGCCGGAAUUCAUUAGAGCAAAGCUCUGAUACCAUAAAGAGAAUAUAGGCUCAAGAAUCUCAAUCUCAUAUCAUAAGUGUGCUAUCUUUCUCACACAAUCCAAGGAAUAAGCUUCUCUAAACCGAAAAGUGAAGAUUCCGAAGAGGUGCGAUCAUUUUCCCGUUUGUGAAUAUUGUGCUAAUCAAGGGAAACUUGAAAUCAGGUUUUGGUCGAAUCAAAGAUGGAUGAAACAAAGUGGAAACCAAACAUCAACAGAAAAGAAGAUCACAAAGAUAUUUCAAAGAAAGAUGAUAUUAUUGAUGAUGUUGCAUCAGACCCAACAAAAAAGAGGAGUCAAGAAAGGAAUGUUAUAACGGCUAAAAGAGGUCUAGAAACAUCGUGCUCCAACAAAGGAAAGGGAUACAAGAUUGAUACAAUGAAAGUGCCCUUUCAAAAAAAAUAUGAAAGCAAAAACAAUGUUGAGGUUUACAAAAGGAAACGGUUUAGAGGGAUACAAAAAGAGGAGUUGAUCAUAAAUCAAAGAGAGGUCGUAAGAAAAAGAAAGAAAAAACGUGUGCCACUUAGCCACAUCAUGACUCUGAUGACGACUUCAUUGACCCACCUCCACGAAAUAAAGUCGAGCAUUCAACAUGCGAUAAUGUCCACGAAAUAAAGUCGAGUAUUCAACAUGCGAUAAUGUCCACGCACCAUACGUAGCCCUAUCGACCAAUAGAAUUAGGAUACGAAACAACCCAAUUCAUAUGGCGAGACUACUAGGGUGUCUUUCAGUAGAACAGCGGCUAUCGAUAGAGAAAAUAGGGUUUGGGGGGAUAUUGUGUAUGUAUAUAACAACGGUCCCAACAAUGCUAGGGUUGUGGUUGGUUUCUAAUUAUAACUAUCAUAGUAACACGUUAAAUGUCGGUACAUACACAAUUAAGAUAACCCGAAAUUGAUCAUGGAUGUACUAGGCAUACCAAUGGGUCCUGUAGAGGUAACCAAUGUUGAAAGACCAAGUAAUUCAUAUCCUAUUAUAGCUCAACGGAGGAAGCAUGUUAACUUUU